CUGUAGGUGGCGGGACUGUACCUAAAGCUGGUCUGCCAACCGCCAUUAGACUGGGAGAAAUAGUUCGUUUAAACAGUCUCAUGCAUCAAGCAGAGUGUUGAUAAAUGUACUCUUAAUUCAUUUAGUUCAGCAUCAUCAUCAUGACACAAACAGACAGAGACGCGGAGAAUGGAAGAGACAGAGAGAAGGACAGAGAGAAAGAGCAGCGCGGAGUGAAGAGACCCAUAGUCCCCGCAGCUGUACCAGAGCCAUUACAGGAGCAAAUUCAAGCCAACUUCAUUGUCGUGAUUCAUCCCGGAUCAAAAACCCUGCGGAUGGGCCGGGCUACAGACACCCUACCCAUCACCGUUCCUCACAUCAUCGCCCGCAGACACAAACAGCCCGGUCAGCGCCGCUACGAGGACCAGUGCCUCUUACGAGAAGGACUAAAUGCAACAGACAGUAAUGAACAGAGACAAAAUGGGCUAAAAAUGGUCGACCAGGUGAUAUGGUCCAAGAAAAUGUCCAAUGGUGUGCGAAGAACCCCGGUGUCUGCAGAGCAGGCCAGAUUAUACAACAGACAAAUACGUCCUGCUGUGCUAGACCCAAACUCUAAAGUGAACUGGACAAAUACAUCACAUCAGCCUGAAUAUCUGGUAGGAGAAGAGGCGUUGUAUGUGAACCCCACAGACUGCUACAGCAUCCACUGGCCCAUCUGCAGGGGCCAUCUGAACAUCCACAGCGGGCCGGGCGGCUCUCUCACCGCUGCGCUGGCGGACCUGGAGACCAUCUGGUCACACGCUAUACAGAAACUUCUAGAAAUCCCACUGAAGGAUCUGAAGUAUUACAGAUGCAUCCUUCUGAUCCCAGACAUCUAUAACAGGCAGCACGUGAAGGAAGUUGUUAAUAUGCUGCUGGAUAAAAUGGGCUUCUCAGCUGUUGUUGUGCAUCAGGAGUCGGUGUGUGUGACCUUUGGCAGCGGCCUGAGCAGUGCGUGUGUGGUGGAUGUUGGUGACCAGAAGACCAGCGUGUGCUGCGUCGAGGACGGCGUGUCCCACCGCAGCUCCAGGUUGUGUCUUGCGUACGGAGGCUCGGAUGUGACGCGGUGUUUUUUCUGGCUCAUGCAGAGAGCUGGAUUUCCCUAUAGAGAAUGUCAACUCAGCAACAAACUGGACUGUAUGUUACUGCAGCAGCUCAAAGAAUCCUUCUGCCAUCUGGAUCAGGAUAUUUCUGGGCUGCAAGAUCACGAGUUUCGCACAUGUUUCCCUGAUUCCCCAGUGCUGCUGUAUCAGUUACGAUUAGGAGAUGAGAAGCUCCAGGCUCCCAUGACAUUAUUCUACCCUGCUGCGUUUGGAAUAGUGGGGCAGAAGAUGACAACGCUGCUGCAUCGCUCUCAAGGAGACGCAGAGGAUCCACAUGAUGAGCACUUCCUCCUGACCACACAGAGCAAACAAGACCAGUCUUCUAAAGCCACAACCGACCGCAAAUUAUUCCCUAAGCCUGCUGGAUUUGAGGGGGAAUCCAACAUGUGCGACCCAUCAGAGAAGGGAAGUCUUACUCAUGAUCUGGAGCUGGGUCACACUCAAGCCGAGUGCCUCGUCGGUGGGGUGGAUGCAGAAGAAACAUCAUCAGCUCUGUUGUCCAGGAAGACGGCCGUGACUCAGUUUGAGGGAAAAGCACUUGGCGUGGAUAAAGCCAUCUUACACAGCAUUGACUCCUGCGCCUCAGAUGAAACGAAGCGUAAAAUGUACAGCUGUAUUCUGGUAGUUGGUGGUGGGCUACUGUUUCACGGAGCUCAAGAGUUUCUGCAGCAUCGCAUCCUCAAUAAGAUGCCUCCAUCUUUCCGUUGUCUGGUGGAGAACGUCGAUGUCAUCACACGACCAAAGGACCUGGAUUCUCGUGUGAUAGCGUGGAAGGGUGGAGCCGUGCUGGCGUGUUUGGACACCACGCAGGAGCUCUGGAUUCACCAGCGAGAGUGGCAGCGCUUCGGUGUCCGUAUGCUCCGUGAGCGGGCCGCCUUUGUCUGGUGAUCCCAGACGACACAAGCCAUGCCUUCGUGGAUUUAAUCUGUUUUGUUCUCAUGUUUGGCACAUGUCAGUCUAGCAGUAUAACGAUAUAAACACUGUAAAGGUUGAGCAAUCAUCUUGCAAAUAAUUUGUUUAGGAUAAUAAUAAUAACAGUGGCAGUUUUUCAUAAAAAUUAUGCAUUUUUAUAUCAUUUUCAAUUUUCUCCACUCUAACCAGGAAAAAACCAUGCACUUGUAACAGUUGAUGUAAAUUGUUUCUUACAAAAGUAAUAUGUAUUUAAAAGAUUCCUAUUAAAAGUUGUUUUAUA